CAGCAGCAGCAGCAUAGGAGGAGGAGGAGGCAGCAGCAGCAGAGCAGCAGCAGCAGCAGCACAUAGGAAAACACAGCUGAUCCCUGUCCAGAGUCCAGACCACAGAACUGGGCUGAGUGCUGGUCAGUGCGGAUCAGCGCAGAGAGGGGGCUCUGGGAUCCAGCACAGGCUUUCUCCCUAUCCAUUGCUGCCCUAUGUUCUGCACAGCCUUGGUGGGGACUGGGUACACUGGGUGAGACAAUGUAUCUGCUGUCAGCACCAUGGAUGGGAAUUCUGCAUCUUCCCCCCUGUUUACAUAAGCUUCUGCUGUAAGGAUCAGGGGGAAAACCCGGGAGCUGACAGGAGACCACCGACCAUGGGUUUCCUGCACCAGCUGCAUCUCCUGCUCUGGAAAAAUGUCACCCUGAAGAGGAGAGGCCCGUGGGUGCUGGCGUUUGAAAUCUUCAUCCCCCUGGUGCUCUUUUUCAUCUUGCUGGGACUGCGCCAGAAGAAGCCUACGAUCCACGUGAAGGAAGCCUUCUACACUGCGGCUCCGCUGACCUCUGCGGGGAUCCUGCCGGUCAUGCAGUCUCUGUGCCCUGAUGGUCAAAGAGAUGAGUUUGGUUUCCUGCAGUACACGAACUCCACGGUCACCCAGCUGCUGGAGAGGCUCACAGAGGUGGUGGAGAACAGCAACCUAUUUGAUACAGACAGACCGGGCCUGGAGGAUGAUCUGGAAUCUCUGAGGCACCACCUGGAAUCACUGAGCAGUGACCACAGCUCCCUGGAGGAUCACUUUCACCGACAGCCAGGCUUUACACUGGAUUCUGUGGUGAAAAACCAGACAAGUUUCCGGGAAUUCCUCCGCUCCAACCUCUCUCUGCCCGGUAAUGUUGUGGAUUUACUGGCCGGGUCCAGCAUCAAUUUGCAGGAGGUCUACCAUCUGCUCUUCAGCUCCGCCUACCUGCCUAGCGAAGACCUACUGGCCCGCAGCCCCAGGGACGCUGCUAGGUCAACGGGCGGACAAAUCCUCAAUUUACAUGGUAACAUAUUCGAUAAAUGGAAAUCUUUGCACGAAGGGUUGAUCCAUAAAGCUCUGAGGGAUCCCUUGAAAUCUGGACACAGGCUGGCUCUACUCCGGCUCCUAACGCUUGCCCUUGGCCUUGCGGUGCCCAAUGCAUCUUCUGAAACCUAUGACCCUCAGGCCAUGGUGAAAGAGCUGGAGGAGAUUCUCUUCACUCCGACGGCGCUGGAGUCCGUGACCUGUGAGGGCAGUAUGGACAAGCUGGGGAACAUCCUUGGGGUCUCUGAGGCCAAGUGGUCCCUGUUGACCACCUACAAGAACAUUGUAUGUGAUGGGAGUGAGCCGAAACGUAUGGAACGUUUUCAAGAGCUGUCAGAAGAACUACGGGAGCAGGUGGACGUACACAAGACUGUCAGCCGUCUACGCCUGGAUGAGGUGAACACCACAGAAACCCAACAUAGACUGCACUCUCUCCUGGAAGACCUGCUUCAAGUUGAGAAAAUCCUAAAGGACGUGGACAUCCUCUCAGCCCUGGCCAAGCUGCUGCCCAAGGGAGCCUGUGCCAGCAAGACCAGCCCUACACCCACCAACUCCACCAGCUGGAACUUCAACUCCAGCAACAGCUCCAACUCCACAGCAGACGGGGAAGAGGGCAAGGUCCAGGAGAGCGAAGAGGAGAACCCGCGCAGCCAGUUCUCAGCCUUUGUUCAGCUCUGGGCUGGCCUGCAGCCCAUCCUCUGCGGCAUCAACCGAACCAUUGAGCCGGAAGCCCUGAAGCAGGGGAACAUGAGCUCCUUGGGUUUUACCAACAAAGAACAGAGGAACUUGGGGCUCCUUGUGCACCUUAUGACCAGCAAUCCCAAAAUCCUCUACUCUCCCGUGGGGACGGAAGUGGACCUGGUCAUCCGCAAGGCAAAUGAGACGUUUGCGUUUGUGGGGAAUGUGACGCAGUACGCCAAGAUGUGGAUGAACAUCUCUUCAGAGCUCCGCAGUUUGCUGGAGGAUGGAAUAUUGCAGCAGCGCAUUCAGUGGCUGCAACAGUUUACUAGUGAUCUUCAGAAACACCCGGAGCUGCUGAACAGCUCAGACAGCGAGCUCCUCCGCCGUGCGCUCAGUUCCAACUUCACCGCCCUCAACGCCAGCACUCUGCUACAGCAGCUGGACACCAUUGAUAACGCAGCUUGCGGAUGGACGCGUUUCAUGUCUAAGGUGAGCGUAGACAUUUUUAAAGGCUUCCCCAAUGAGGACAGUAUUGUCAACUACACCCUGAACCAGGCAUAUCAGGACAACGUUACAGUCUUUGCAAGCGUGAUCUUCCAGACUCAACCAGACGGCUCCCUCCCUCCGCACGUCAUGUACAAGAUCCGGCAAAAUUCCAGCUUCACAGAAAAGACUAAUGAGAUCCGUCGGGCCUACUGGAGACCCGGACCCAACACUGGCGGCCGCUUCUAUUUCCUGUAUGGCUUUGUGUGGAUACAAGAUAUGAUGGAGAGAGCCAUAAUAAAUACAGUUGUGGGGCGUGAUGUGGUAGAGCCGGGGAACUAUGUGCAGAUGUUUCCUUAUCCAUGUUACACGCGUGAUGACUUCCUGUUUGUCAUCGAGCACAUGAUGCCGCUGUGUAUGGUCAUCUCGUGGGUGUAUUCCGUGGCCAUGAUGAUCCAGCACAUCGUGGCGGAGAAGGAACAUCGGCUGAAGGAGGUGAUGAAGAUGAUGGGUCUGAACAAUGCUGUACACUGGGUGGCCUGGUUCAUUACUGGCUUUGUCCAGCUCUCUAUCUCUGUGACUGCUCUAACCGGAAUCCUGAAGUAUGGUCAGGUCCUCAUGCACAGCAACGUUUUCAUCAUCUGGCUGUUCCUCUCCAUCUACGCUGUGGCCACCAUCAUGUUCUGCUUUCUGGUCUCUGUACUCUACUCCAAAGCUAAGCUGGCCUCUGCCUGUGGAGGUAUCAUCUACUUCCUGAGCUAUGUCCCCUACAUGUACGUGGCCAUCAGGGAGGAAGUGGCCCACGAUAAGAUCACCGCCUUUGAGAAGUGCAUUGCUUCACUUAUGUCUACAACAGCCUUUGGUCUCGGCUCCAAGUACUUUGCGCUGUACGAGGUGGCUGGAGUAGGGAUCCAAUGGAAAACAUUCAGCCAGUCUCCAGUGGAAGGAGAUGACUUUAACCUCAUGUUGUCUAUGAUGAUGCUGAUCAUAGACGCAGUCGUCUAUGGCAUUCUGACCUGGUACAUUGAAGCCGUUCACCCAGGCAUGUAUGGUCUCCCCCGACCCUGGUACUUCCCAUUCCAGAGAUCCUAUUGGCUUGGAAGUGGUCGUAUAGAAAGUUGGGAAUGGUCUUGGCCUUGGUCCCGUCCAUCUCGUCUUAGCAUCAUGGAGGAAGACCAAGCAUGUGCUAUGGAGAGCCGCCUACUAGAGGAGACACGUGGUAUUGAGGAGGAACCUAGUCACCUACCAUUAGUUGUGUGUAUUGACAAGCUCACCAAAAUCUACAAGACUGGCAAGAAACUGGCACUGAACAAGCUGAGUCUAAAUUUACAUGAGAACCAGGUGGUGUCUUUCUUAGGACAUAAUGGAGCAGGCAAAACCACCACCAUGUCUAUCUUGACUGGGCUCUUCCCCCCAACCUCUGGUUCGGCUACCAUAUAUGGGCAUGACAUCCGAACGGAGAUGAACGAGAUCAGGAAAAGCAUGGGAAUGUGUCCUCAGCACAAUGUGCUCUUUGACAAGCUGACGGUUGAAGAGCAUUUGUGGUUCUACUCCCGCCUGAAGGGGAUGGCUGAGGAGGCAAUACGCAAGGAAAUGGACAAGAUGAUUAAGGACUUGGAGCUAUCAAACAAACGACACUGCCUGGUUCAGACGUUGUCUGGAGGGAUGAAGAGGAAGCUGUCUGUGGCUAUUGCUUUCGUUGGAGGUUCCAGAGCUGUUAUUCUAGAUGAGCCUACGGCGGGUGUUGAUCCAUAUGCGAGGAGGGCAAUCUGGGAUCUUAUUCUAAAAUACAAGCAGGGCCGCACAAUUCUUCUGUCCACCCACCACAUGGAUGAGGCCGAUCUACUCGGAGACCGUAUAGCCAUUAUUUCCCAUGGAAAGUUGAAAUGCUGCGGAUCUCCACUGUUUCUUAAGAGUACCUAUGGGGAUGGCUACAAAUUGACAGUAGUGAAGAAGCAAAGCAGGCCAGAUAUCGGUCAUACUCCCACCUCCUGCCUCAGCCACUGCUCAGAGCCGCGGGUGUCUCAGUUUAUAAAGAAGUACGUAGCCUCUUGCCUUCUGGUCUCGGACACAAAUACUGAGCUGUCCUACAUUCUCCCCAGCGAGUCUGUCAGGAAAGGCUGUUUUGAGCGCCUCUUCCAGCAUCUGGAGCAGAACCUAAGUGACCUGGAUCUGACUAGCUUUGGUCUGAUGGACACAACACUAGAAGAAGUUUUCCUAAAGGUAUCUGAAGAAGACCACUCUCUGGAGAACAGCGAUGCAGAUUUAAAGGAGUCCAACAAAGACACAUUUAGACCUGUCAUCCAGCCUGACGGCAGCACCGAGCCCCCAUCAUCGGCUGAUGCACUGGAUAAGCCAGAGGUGGAACUUAACAACUUUGCAUCAGGAAUUCUUCCUGGCCAGUCCCCUGGUUCUAUGCGUUCUGGCUCCUCCUCUUCUGUGGGCUCUGUGCGAGGAGAAGAAGGUGGAGCAUAUGCAGAGUUCUAUGGAGACUACUCUCCACUGUUUGAUACCUCGCAGGAGGCGGAGAAUCUGAGUCUACAUGAUCCAGAGGUAGAGGAGCCGGUAGAGGAUGGACAAGGCAGCUUCAAGCUGGAAGGCUCCUGGUUAAAAUUACGCCAGUUCCAUGGACUUAUCGUGAAACGUUUCCACUGUGCCAAGAGAAACACAAAGGCCCUCUUCUCCCAAAUCCUGCUCCCGGCCUUCUUUGUGUGUGUCGCCAUGACGGUGGCACUGUCUGUUCCUGAGAUUGGUGACCUCCCCCCACUGAUCCUGUCCCCGUCUCAGUAUCACAACUAUACUCAGCCCAAAGGGAACUUUGUACCGUAUGCCAAUGAGGAGCAGCCUGAGUACAGACUGAAACUGUCCCCAGACGCUAGCCCACAGAUGCUUGUCAACACCUUCUACCUGCCCUCUGGUAUCGGGGCCACCUGUGUACUGAAGACUGCGUUUAAUAGCACCCUGGACCAGCUGGUGCAGUCCCUCAACCUGAAUAGCAAUGAGUCCAAAAUGCUGGCGGCACAAUACUUCGAUGCCAUGUGUGUGGAUUCCUUUACACAGGGGCUGCCGCUAUCCAACUUUGUGCCGCCGCCGCCCUCCCCGGCCCCCUCUGACUACCCCACCGAUGAGGACCCUGCACACCUGUGGAAUACCACUACCUACUCGCCGCCCUCUGUGCCAGAGGCCAUCACCACCACCCCUUCUCUCCCCCGUCGGAUCCACGAACCGGUCAGGUGCACUUGUUCCAUGCAGGGAACCGGCUUCUCCUGUCCCAGUGGGGUGGGUGGUCACCCUCCGCAGAUGAAGGUGGUCACAGGAGACAUCAUGGUGGAUAUCAGUGGUCGGAAUGUUAGUGAAUAUGUGCUGUACACGUCGGAUCGCUUCAGACUGCAUCGGUACGGGGCCCUGACCUUUGGAAACGUGCAAAAAUCUAUCCCAGCAUCCUUUGAGGCCAAGGCUCCCCCAAUGUUACGGAAGAUCGCGGUCAGACACACGGCACAGGCAUUUUACAAUAACAAAGGAUACCACAGCAUGCCCACAUACCUCAAUGCGUUGAAUAAUGCCAUCCUGAGAGCCAACUUACCUGCAUCCCGUGGAAACCGCGCCGCUUAUGGUAUCACCGUCACCAAUCACCCAAUGAACAAGACCAGCGCCAGCCUGUCUUUGGACUAUCUGUUACAGGGAACUGACGUGGUGAUCGCUAUAUUCAUCAUCGUUGCAAUGUCUUUUGUUCCUGCAAGUUUUGUGGUGUUCCUGGUAGCGGAAAAAUCAACCAAGGCCAAGCACCUUCAGUUUGUCAGCGGUUGCAACCCGGUCAUCUACUGGUUGGCCAACUACGUGUGGGACAUGUUGAAUUACCUGGUUCCUGCCACCUGCUGCAUCAUUAUUCUGUUUGUAUUUGACCUUCCUGCGUAUACGUCUCCGACCAACUUCCCAGCUGUCCUGUCCCUUUUCCUACUCUACGGUUGGUCAAUCACCCCCAUCAUGUACCCGGCUUCCUUCUGGUUCGAGGUGCCCAGCACGGCCUACGUCUUCCUCAUUGUCAUCAACCUGUUCAUCGGGAUAACGGCCACCGUGGCCACCUUCCUGCUGCAGCUGUUUGAACAUGAUAAGGAUCUGAAGUUGGUAAACAGUUAUCUCAAGAGCUGUUUCCUUAUCUUCCCCAACUACAACCUGGGACAUGGGCUGAUGGAGUUGGCCUACAAUGAAUACAUCAAUGAGUACUACGCAAAGAUAGGUCAGUUUGAUAAGAUGAAGUCUCCGUUUGAUUGGGACAUCGUCACCCGGGGUCUGGUGGCCAUGACUAUAGAAGGAUUUGUGGGAUUCUUUAUCACCAUCAUGUGUCAAUACAACUUUUUCCGCAAACCGCAACGUCUCCCCAUUUCCGACAAGCCUAUUGAGGAUGACGACAUCGAUGUGGCAAACGAGAGGCAGAGAGUUUUGAGGGGAGGAGCUGAUAAUGACAUGUUGAAGAUAGAGAACCUGACAAAGGUGUACAAGUCCCGUAAGAUGGGGCGCAUCUUGGCUGUGGAUCGCCUUUGUGCCGGUGUCCAGCCUGGCGAAUGUUUUGGACUUCUUGGUGUAAACGGCGCUGGGAAGACCACCACCUUCAAGAUGCUAACUGGGGAUGAGAGCACGACAGGGGGAGAAGCUUUUAUUAAUGGCCACAGCAUUUUGAAGGAGCUCCUCCAGGUACAGCAAAGUAUCGGAUACUGCCCCCAGUUUGAUGCGUUAUUUGAUGAGCUGACGGCACAGGAACACCUCGAGCUGUACACGCGCCUGAGGGGGAUACCCUGGAAAGAUGAGGAAAGGGUGGUGAAAUGGGCAUUGGAGAAACUGGAGUUGGCCCAAUACGCAGACAGACCAGCGGGCACCUACAGCGGCGGCAACAAGAGGAAGCUGUCCACCGCCAUAGCACUUAUUGGCUACCCAUCCUUCAUCUUUCUGGACGAGCCCACGACAGGAAUGGAUCCCAAAGCUCGCCGCUUCUUGUGGAAUCUAAUCCUCGACAUCAUCAAAACAGGGCGGUCCCUGGUGCUGACAUCACACAGCAUGGAAGAAUGUGAAGCUCUCUGCACGCGGCUGGCGAUUAUGGUCAACGGGCGCCUGAAAUGUCUCGGCAGCAUCCAGCAUCUGAAAAACCGGUUUGGCGAUGGCUACAUGAUCACCGUGAGGAUGAAAUCCAGCGUCAAUGUCAAAGAAGUUGUGCGGUUUUUCAACAGGAACUUUCCGGAAGCCGUUCUCAAAGAGCGGCAUCACACCAAGGUCCAAUACCAGCUGAAGUCUGAGCAGGUGUCUCUGGCCCAGGUCUUCAGUAAGAUGGAGCAGGUGGUGGACGUGCUGGGAAUAGAGGAUUAUUCUGUCAGUCAGACCACACUGGACAAUGUGUUUGUUAACUUUGCCAAGAAGCAGAGCGAUAACCUGGAGCAGCAAGAGGCCAGCCAUAGCUGCACGGUUCCGUCUCCCGUGGAGCGAGUGCUGAGUCUUCUACGGAACCGGACUACGCCCACCGAGCUCCGUGCCCUGGUUGUGGAGGAGCCGGAAGACCUAGAGACGGAUGAUGAAGGACUGAUCAGCUUUGAGGAGGAGAGGGCUCAGUUGUCAUUUAAUACAGACACGCUCUGCUGAGAAGAAACCUCUGCAGCGGUAAUGACUACCCGAUGUACUGGAGACCACUACCCAUUUUUACGAUAGCCCCCCCAAAAAAAGAGACCGGGUUGUGGGAAAAGAGGAAGUGACAAUGUUCUCCACAAUACUGGACAGAUGUGUACACAACAUACACACAGAUCUGGCGCCAGACGUCGCGGAUACCUGCGUUGGUGCGCAGGCGGCGCUGCUCUGAAAGGGACAGAAUGAGCAGAGCCCACAACCGCUUAAAAAAGAAAAUCGGGCUGCAGCAACCUAGGAUGCAGACUUGUCCGUGGACCUGGGUCACUGUGGACCUAAAGACUGGCCAAUACUAGUGUUGGUUGGUGUUACUGCGGCCAGUGAAUGGAUGAGACUGGCCGUAGCAGACGAUUGUUGCAAUGAUCUUGUGCUGGGGGCCCGUCUGUCCUUGACGCACUUUUAUUUUCAGGACAUUUGCAGCAGACGUGGUAAUCUGCUCUGUGGGCAUUAUGUAGCUUUUAGUUUGUCAUUUUUUUUUCCGGGAGGGUUUUGUUCAUCUGUUUUUGUGCCGACUUCCCCUCCCUCUCUGUCCUUUGCAAUAUAAUGUGCCAACCACUGUACAUAGUGUCGCUACAGAGGGCGCUCACAGCCAGCAGAAACCAUUGUGGGCAUUUUAGGAACUGCACUGCCAAAAAAACCAUGGGAAACGUAUGUUGUAUAUAUAAUGCUUUAUUUUGUGUUUUACUUUUCCAAAAAUUGCAAAUGAAAUGACCAAAUACAUGCACUUUACCUGA